UUCGUCCGGACCCCGACUCCCCCGCAAUUCUCCUCAUCUCAGCUUGCGCCUCCCCCGAACGGCCGCACCGGGGCCGGCGGUGCCCGUCCCCGCCGGCGACAGCUGCCGCGAACACGCUCUUCUCCGCCUUCUCCUCGCGACCCCUGCGCCGAAUCGCGCCGCGGAAGAUCGAAUCGGAAGCCGCAAUCAAACCCUAGCUCGAUCCCUCUCCGGCAUCUUCACAUCAGCCGCAUCGCGUCAGCGGGAUCCAGGCCGCAUCGCCUCGAUUCACGUCGGCCGGAUUUCCUACUGGUCACUGCGGAGAGGAUCGAUCGAAGGCUGUGUAGUUCUGAUCGGCGAGUUUUGGUAGCGGCGGCUGGGGCGUGGUGUUCGGGGUUUCUGGUAGGGUUUGGCCGGUUAUUGAUUUUUUUGAUGUUCUUAUCGUGCGUUGGUGUGAUUCCGUGGCCGUUCCAAAGGCUACUUCCGAUUGCUACUGCCUUGAUGCUCGCGAAAUUGAAUCUCUUCGUAAGUAAAGAGAAGUACAUGAUGUAACAAGUACCGGAAACAGUUCAGUAACUGCUCUCAGGGACAGUACGCUCGAGGGCUGUCGGGUGUGGCAGGAGGAGCGGCAGGAUCAGAGGAGAGGAGGAAGGAGGGAUGAUAUGGGGGAUGAUUAAGAGGAAGGGGAGGGAUGUGGCUGAUCUGGAUGAAGGUGGGCCGCAAAGGCGAAGAGGGGUGGCGCAUGGUGAGGCGGUGACCGGACGGGUAGGGAUCUGCCUGCUGGGAUUAGAAGAUGGCCUGGUUGGCGCACACGGUAGAUCGAGUAGGAGGGAUGCAGGGUGGGUAGGAAGGAGGAGCGUGCAGCGGCAGGGCGAGGAAAAGGAGCAAGGCUGCAAGGGCGGGUUGGGGUGGGGGUGGGGGUGUGACCAGGCAUUUGGGCCGCUAGAUAGGACCAAGAAGAAGGGAAGGAUGGCCUAUGGCACGAGUGUUUCUCGCUAGUUGGUGCCAACAAGUGUUUCAGUAUGUACUAACGUGUGUAAUUGGCUGUCAUGUGUCCAUUUCAAAGGGAUCGGGCUCAUGUCCAUAGAAAUCUGUCAUUUUCUAAGUUCCAGUGUGAACUGAGUUUAAACAUCGAAGGAGCACCCAACAAUAUUUAGUAUUUUUUCUAUUGUAGCCACUAAGUUGAACUCUACCUCAUCCAAACAAACCCUAAGAGCAUCACCAAGUGAUGCCCAAAAUCCCAUUCCCCAAAUCUCCUAUCCAAUGAGAUGUGAAGUUUGGUAAUUGAAAUUGUUGAUAGUUAAUGCUGCAGGUGCAGGGUUGCAUUUCAUAUGUACAUACACAUUUACUUCAAGUAUAGUUUCCAGGAAAGAUAGUACACAUAGGUCAUCAAUAGUCACUGAUCUGAGUUUCCGUACUAAUGCAGUGCAGCCUAAGUUUAUAUGUGGAACGUAUGCUAUCCUUUCUUUAGAGCCGAAGUGAUGAAUUACUCAAUAGCCAAUCCUCUGCCCUGUUUGAUCAUUUUGUUGUCUUGUGUCUUUACAUAUGCUACUAUGCACAAGAUAUUUUAUUUCUCUUCAAUCCACUGAUUUUUUAGUUCAUCGUGCUCUGAAGUUACUGGAGUCGAGUUAGGAUCUCUACAUCAGCUGAAAUUGUUAUACUACCAUGUCUUCCAAGGAGUCAAGUUACCUUUUCAGGCUCAUGGAACUUAGCUCUGUCCGGUUGGCAGAUUGGGCUAAUCUUCAGACGGAUCUUGUUGGUCUGAUUAUAAAGAAGCUUGGCAUUCCUGACUUUGUCAAAUUCCGUGCUGUAUGCACCUCGUGGAACCGUGUCUGCAGAGAAGUAUCCAACCAUCCAAGGGUAGACCCAUGGCUGAUGCUCCCAACCGAUCUGCUCGAUGGUGCUAAAUUUUUCAGUAUACCUGAAAAAAUUAAUCAAACAAUCCGUAUCCCGAGUACUGCCACGAUCUUUGGCUCCAUGUGGAUUCCGGUUGGUUCUUCCCAUGGUUGGCUUAUCUUCUUUAGCCCGACUCAGGGAACCAUCCAGCUGGUUAAUCCAAUCAGCAGCGCACAGAUCCAACUUCCCCCAAUUGGAACCAGGCGCUUCUCCAAGGCCAUAUUGCUUGACAUGAGUGAGAGCAACUUCACCGUUGCUGUCAUAUAUGGCAACCAUAAAGGAUAUAAAGUGGCACGUAAAGGAAGCAAGAGCUGGUCAUUUGUUGAUUCAAAACACAUUUUGGUGGAUGUGUUCAAGCACAGGAGGCAACUUUACACCAUUGACAUAUAUGGUACUGUCGAGGUGUGGGCAGAACCACCCCGUGCAUGGCAGGAUGAGGAUGCCCCACAGGUGGAUCCUCAUGUGCAUCAUAACCUCGUCCACUAUCCUCAGCAGAAGUUUAACUGUCUGGUUGAGACCCCAGCUGGUGAUCUCGUAAGGGUUAAGCGCCAAUCUCAGAAUAAGUUUGCGCUGUGGGUCCUGGACAAGGAGACAUUGUCCUUUGAGAAGACUACAGACAUUGGGGAAUUCGGGCUGUUUGUCAGCCAUUAUAGCUCUUUCUGUUUCCCAGCCAAGGACCAUCCGAAUCUGAAGGUAAAUUGCAUUUACUUUAUCGAUGGCUACAACAACCUGUGUGCAUUCAACCUCGAGCAUGGGACCAAGGAGCUCGUGGAAGCCCUCGAAACUGCCCAUGCAAACAAUCAGCAAGCUCCGCACUUACACCGACACCAGCCACUACAAGAACCAUUCUUAUGGUUCACCCCUUCACUGAAAUGAACAAGUAAUGUGUGAGAAGGUAAAAGUUGGCGCCACUUCAAGUCGGCGAGAACCGUCCCUAUGGUUCACCCACUUGGCUGAAAUGAACAGAUGCGUGAAAAUGAGUGGCCCGGCAACUUUGAUUAUCCUAGAACUCCUAUCAAACAGUAGAUGUCUAAAUCCCUGAAUCUUGCUAAGUAUAUAUUGGACUUAUUAAUGUACUUUUGUGGCAGAACCAGAAUUUUGAAGGGCUAGUAGCUGCGUGUGCUUGUUGUAUAUGCAAUUUGGCUUGUUCUCCGGAGUCGUGUUCCAUUUACUCGCUUUCAUUAUCUUUAAGCUUGCCAUUGACUCGACCUUCUGUUAUACUACCACCGCUCCAUAUUAAGUGUCUUUCUAUUACA